GAUAACGUAAAACUGGAUAGACAGAAAGAGAGAGAGAAUGGAACAACCACAUUCCUCCCCUCAAACUCCCUCAACAACCAAUUCACCGGAAUUCGAGUUUUGGAUGCUCCGAAACCCUUCUUUACCUCAGCCCAAUCUCCUCUCCGCCGACCAGCUCUUCUCCGGCGGCUUCCUCCUCCCCCUCCAUCUCCUCCAUCUCUCCCCCGAGCCUCCGCCAAAACCCACCGAAGCUACUGAACCUGAGUCGAAACGGUGGAGACAUCUAUUCAAGAAAAACGCACACGCCGCUAACAAGGAGAGGGAUUUCAGCCAUGUGAAGAAGAGCGGUGGGGCAGUGAAUAAGGCGGUGAGUGCGGCCGAGCUCAAUAUCAACAUAUGGCCUUUCUCGAGGAGCAGGUCCGCCGGCUCUCGGCCGCGCCCGGCGGCGGUGGCUCGGAAAGCGAGCAGCGCGCCGUGCUCGAGGAGCAACUCGGCGGGGGAGUCGAAGGCGAGGAGAUGGGCGCAUAGCCCUAAUAGAGCCGGGGUUCACUUGGGAAGGAGCAGCCCCGUUUGGCAGCUCCGCGGCGGCCGGGAAAAGGUGGCGAAAAGAGAUGGGAACUAUGGUUUGACGAAAGCUGGGGGUUCGAAGGCGAGAGUGUUGAGUUUGAAUGUGCCUACGUGUAUUGGCUACCGGAAUCAUUUGAGCUGUGGGUAUGGUGAAGGCCGGGCCGGCGCGGGCAGUGGUAGCGGUGGCGUUUCGGGUGAAGUGAUACGGAGGAGUCACUUGUUUAGUAUUAGGAGCUUGUUUAGCAAGAAAGUUCAUUAGUUAAUUUUUGAGUAGUGUAGUGUGUAUAUUAUGUUAGUAUCUCAUGCUUUGAAUUACUACUCUAGGGGCCAUGUACAUUGUGACAAAUGUUAUUAUUUGGUAUAUAUAUUUCAAUACAUGAGCUCUUGGGAUUA